AUGGAUUUUUCAGAGUAUUUUAAGUUUAAUAAUAGCCCUAUUCCCCCAGAAGAAUCCAUAAUUGUUAUUAGUUCCACAGUUUAUGUAUCCCCAGCCUUUGUUAUAUAUCAUUUUAUAAAAACCUCUAUUGAAAAUAACCAAAAAGUGAUUUUUGUAGGAUUUCAAGAUAAAUUUGAAGAUUUUGUAUUUAUUUCUAAGAAAUGGGGGUUUGAUCUAGUAUCAAAAGUAUUAUCAGGAAAUCUUAUUUAUAUUGAUGGAUUGACUAAGUUAUAUGGUUAUACAUUGGAUAAAUGGUCAUUAAAAGAGGGGAAUAUUGAUAAGAAAUAUAUUAAAUUAUCAGGAGAAUCUAAUUUGAAAGAUAUUUGUGAAAUAAUUAUGACAAGUAUUGAAGAAGGGUGUAUAAGAGAUAUAAAGCCAUGUUUAAUUUUAUGGGGAAUGGAUUUUUUGGUAGCAAGUGAAAUUCUUUCACCGAGUGACCUUCUUAUGUUUAUUUCUUCUAUACAAGAGAUGGUUCAUUAUUGUGUGAUUACAAUAAACUCGGAUUUUGCACUUUUAUCACCAAAAAAAAGAGAAUCAUGCCUUGAAAUUAAUUAUUCUACUUUUAGUUAUGGCAUUGUUCAUCGUGCAUAUUCUAUUAUUAGCUUAAGACAUUUUCCAGAUGGUAAAACAAAGGAAGUAACAGGUGUGAUUAGGAUUUGUCGUGGUUCUGGGUAUUAUGGAGCAGAAAAAGAUAAUUUUUCAGAUAAAUCAGAGAAUGAUGAAUCAAAAAACACACAACUUGAAAUGCUUUAUUCAGUUAAUGACUCUGGUGUUCGUUUUUUUCACAAAGGUACUAUUUUUUGAUAUUAGCUCAAAAAAU